UGUCAAAAUUCCAAUUCGAUCAGUUGAAAUAGAAAAUGUUCAGCUGGAAUCCGAGGCGAUAUUGGGAGCUAUGGCCCUACGAGAUGCCGCUUCACCACUUUCCGGGCCAUCCCCAGCUGCCGCAGGAGCCGGCGCUGCAGCGGCCGAUGCGGCAACUGCGUGCCACAUACACGCUGCACUUCGAUGCAAUGGCUGAGGCUGAUCAGUACGAAAGGGCUGAGAAGCUAACCUUUAUGAAGCGCUGCUAUCUGCUGGCCGCUCUAUUCACUGUGGCUGGCCAGUUCCAGUGGCUGCUGCUGGCAGGGCUGCUGGAUAAGCAUCGCCUGUUUUGUCUGCCCGGAUUCAUCUGCAUGGUGUUGGCCCUCGCUGCUCUAAUUCUGCUCACUUUCUGCAUGCGUUGGCGCUCCCAUUUCUGGUACGUCUGUCUCUUCUCCUCGAUCUUUGUGGAGACCAUCGUACUGAGCAUAGUUCUGCUGCUGCCCGAGCGAACGAUCGUCAAUAUUCUGGCUGCCACUGCCUCAUCCCUGGCUGGUCUGAUUCUCUUUUAUCUGCUCGGUGCCCUUCUGCCCAUGAUUGUGCUGCCGGGCAUCGUAGUCUUCUCAGUCAUUCUAAUCGUGUUCACCUUGGCCAGCGUCACUGUCCUCAUCCUGUUCAUAGUGACGGACCAGCAAACAUAUCACUCCAUCUACUUUGGCAUCCUCUUCUUCGCCACGAUGCCCAUGUGUCUGUUCCAUGCGCAAAUCGUGCACGGCCGCAGAUAUCAAUUGCCCAAAGAGGAAUACGUGACCUGUGCCGUUAUCAUCUACAUGCACCAUGUUCUGUUCUUCAUGGCCAUUUACUACUAUAUGUGGGUCUUUGACUGGUGA